UCUGAAUCCUCCACGUGACUCUGUGCAACACGCGGGAACAAGAGCUAAAGAUUCAUCAGUAUACUUAGCUUAAAAUUCAUAACAUACAGAAAUAUUCAUUCUGUCUUUGUAAAAGUUAUUACAUUCUGUCUCCACGGGCUUCUUUGGACAAAGAUUAUGUUGACUUCUAAGCUGCUGACCCUGGUACUGGUGGUCCAGCCCGGCCGGGUGUUGCUGGGCAUGAAGAAAAGAGGCUUUGGAGCUGGAAAAUGGAACGGCUUUGGAGGAAAAGUUCAGACUGGAGAGACCAUAGAGCAAGCGGCCAGACGGGAGCUGCUGGAGGAGAGUGGCCUCACUGUGGACACCCUCCACAAGAUUGGAAACAUCAAAUUUGAGUUUAUUGGGGAAACGGAACUAAUGGAUGUCCACAUUUUCAGAGCUGACGCCUAUGAAGGAGAGCCAGCCGAAUCAGACGAAAUGAGGCCUCAGUGGUUCGACAUUGAUAAAAUCCCUUUCAGCCAGAUGUGGGCCGAUGACGUCCUGUGGUUCCCUCUGAUGCUUCAGAAAAAGAGUUUUUUGGGGUAUUUUAAGUUCCAGGGUCAUGACGUGAUAGUGGAGCAUAAGCUGGACGAGGUGGAGGACCUUUGAGUGGGGUUUUAAAGAGACAGUUCACUUAAAAAUGAACAUUGUGUCAUCAUUUACUCAAUAUCAAGUCCAAAUGAAGUUUUUUUUUAUUCUGUAGAAUAAAAAAAGAUACUCAGAACAAUGUUGAAAAUCAUUGACCUCCAUGGUAAGGAGAAAAAUACCAUGAAAGUCAGCAUUCUUCAAAAUAUCUUCUUUUGUGUUCAACAGAAGAAAGAAGUUCAAUGGAAUAAGUGGAGGGAGAGUAAAAUAUGACAACAUGUUUAUUUUUGGGUGAACAUUUGCUUUAAUACUGUUGAUGGACGUUGCCACUGUAUCAGUGGAAAUUAUCCAGCAAGAUCUGAUGUUCACACUAUGUUUCAUUGAUAUGGCCAAAUAUGCAAAAUCGCCUGAUAUCCAGUGCUGUAUUUUGUAUAAGCACAUUCUUUUGAUGUGGAAAAGUGAAGUUGCCAUUUAAAUCCACUCAUUCAAUCAUCUGUAUUCUGAUACUGUUUGUUUUAACUUAAUUCUUCGUUCCUCUUUCCUACAAUUAGUGUACUAAAUAACAAAAACUGUUUUUUCCAUCUUCAACUACCUGUCAUUUACUAAAUAAAACGUCAGAAAAUUCAGACAAAAAUAGCUUCA